UGUUCGUAGUCCGCCUUUCCUACCCGGCACAACAACAACACGGGACUCGUGGGGGCGUGAGGAGCACUUUUCGUCAUAAUGGACUCGAUAAGGCCGGAAGGGAUGUCGUCCUCACAGCGGGAAGACCUAAUGGACCAAGUGAAGCAGCAGAUAGUCAUCGCCAACACACAGGAGCUGCUCACGAAAAUGGGGGAAAAAUGCUUUUCCAAAUGCAUCACCAAGCCAGGCUCCUCACUGGACAGCUCUGAGCAGAAAUGUCUUGCAAUGUGCAUGGACCGCUACAUGGACUGCUGGAACCUUGUCUCACGGACCUACACAGCCAGAUUGCAGCGUGAAAAGAACUUCCAGUAAUGCUGAGUCUUCUUUGUGUGACAUGACCAGCUCUUUUUUUGCCAAGGUAGAGGAACGAAGAGCUGUAAGUGCGAGUGCCCAGUGGCAGCCAACGAGAAUGGAUGAGCACAAUUGGUUGUAUGUCAGGUAUUGGAGGAUAGAGCCCUGUUGUUAGUCUCCAAGCAGCACACUUGCCUGAAUACGCCAAGAGUGUGUCUCACCUCACUGAUGCUUCACAACUCCUGAAAUGUAUAUAUGUGCGUGUGUGUGUGCGUUAUUCACUAUGGUCUGAUCACUUACUUGAUUCACAAUUGCCAAUCAGUUCCCUUCUCCUUUUGAGCUUGGAGCUACAUAUUUAUGGAUCCUUGGGCAUAGGUGGGACCUCACAUUUCACCUACACACACCAAGAAGGUGGGACACAACUCUCUCAUGACAACCUGUAUUCAUUCACUGCUGGGUGGACAAGGAGCACAAAUGAAAAGAGUCUGCUCAUUUGUCUCCACCCCACUCAGGAAUCUAACCCAAGAUCUCUUGGUUGUGAGGUGAGCAUGCUAACCACUGCAUCUCGGUGUGUGUGUGUGUGUGUGCCAGAUAUUAGGUUUCUUGUGAUAAGCGGAAAGAACCUAAGAGACAUGUGACUUUGAAGCAUUAAGGAUGGAUGAUGUUAGAGGAGUUGUGUUGCAUCUUACAUCUUGCAAAUACACUGUAGCAUAUAUGGAUUUGUACAUAAGGCCUUGUGUUCAGGGUCUGAAGUAUUAAAAUAAAUAUAUGAUUCUUAUUUUAAUCAUGAAUAGCUCUACAUUUUUACAUGACUCAUGCAAAAAUUGUAUAAAGUAGUAUUGCUGAGCUAUGGACUAAGUUAUUAGCAUUGGAUCAUGACUCGUUUUUCUAAACCUUCAUGCAGCAGAAAGUUACAGAUAUCUGUAAUGCAUUCAAAUGAACAUUAUGUUGUGAUAGGGAACAAAAAUGUUUUGUAAAUAUAUAAUUUGAAUGUU